AUGGGUGAAUUCAAGUCCAAGGCUCUCUUCGAGCAGAUCGAGAACGGUCUCAAGGAGAUGGAUGACAAGGAGAAGAAGGACAUCCAGAAGAAGACCAACGGUGUCUUCGAGAUGCACGUCAAGAACUCCGGCGGUGAGGAGCUCGUCUACACCAUCGACCUCAAGAAGAACGCCGAGGCUUACGAGGGCAAGGCCAAGGGCAAGGCUGAUGUCACCAUCAACCUCGCCGACGACACCUUCAUGGACCUCGCUGACGGCAAGGUCAACGGCCAGAAGGCCUUCAUGUCCGGCAAGCUCAAGGUCAAGGGCAACAUCAUGCUCGCCACCAAGCUCGACAACGUCCUCAAGUCGCAGAAGUCCAAGCUCUAA